AUGAAGCUUUACCAAUCGAUAUGCAUGAUUCCGUGCAUUGUGGGAACAUUGUUUCUUGCUGAUAAGGUGCUGCAGAGGAGGUUUUCGCCUCUGAUCAGCACAGGAAUCGUGACGGCUUGUGUUUAUAUAGGCGGUCUCUACUGGUUUUUUGCAAAGCUUCUGGAAAAGCAGAAGGAGUUGACGGGCAAACAGCGCGCAAAUUUCAAGCUGCACCAGAUUUUUUUCCGGGUUGUAUGUUUUACUUCUUUGAUGCUGAUUUGUUUUACAAAACUCUUUUUUCGUGUUGAAAAUGAGAAAUUCGUUCACCGAAUUCAGGGACCCUGGAAGCUACCUCUGCAAUUCGUUGUCAAUAUUCUCUUUUCCGGUGUCAUCUUCAAGUAUCAACUUUGUGAGCUGCAUCGGCAAUAA